UGGCGGCUUCAAUGACGGUUUUUCAACGUAGCUGUCUGGGCAUUUUGCCCUAAAGUUUAGGGCGAUUAUUGGCUUUCUGAGCCCCGAAUUAGAAACUAUAAGCCUUUUUAGUCGUGAUAGUUAUUUGAGGGGUUUUUGAAGGUCUUCAUGUUGAGAAAUGUCGGUUAUUCUUGAGACAACAAUAGGAGAUAUUAUAAUCGAUCUUUUUACGUCCGAAAGACCUCGAGCAUGUCUCAACUUUUUGAAGUUGUGCAAGAUAAAGUAUUACAACUACUGCUUGUUUCAUUCUAUCCAGCAAAACUUUCUUGCUCAGACUGGAGACCCUACAGGUCGUGGCAAUGGAGGGGAAUCUGUGUUCAGGUCCUUGUAUGGAGAUCAAGCCAAAUUCUUUGAAGCAGAAACUAAACCUCGCCUCAAACAUAAAUCAAGAGGGACUGUCUCUAUGGCAAACAAUGGAGACAACUUACAUGGUUCUCAAUUUUUCAUCACCCUUGGAGAUGAUUUGGACUAUCUAGAUGGUGUUCAUACUGUAUUUGCUGAAGUUGUUGAAGGAUUUGAAGUCUUGGACAAACUGAAUGAAGCAAUUUGUGAUGAUGAACACAGGCCAUACCAAGACAUCAGAAUAAACCACACAGUUAUCAUUGAUGAUCCAUAUGAUGAUCCAGCUGGCUUAGUUGUACCAGAUCGAUCACCAGAACCAACCAAAGAACAGCUUGACAGUGGCCGUAUCGGAGCUGAUGAAGAAAUUGAUGACACCAAAGGUAAAACCAUGGAGGAAAUUGAUGAGAUGAUAGAGGAACGAGAGCUUAAAGCUGGGACACAAAUUCUUGAAAUGGUUGGUGAUCUUCCAGAUGCAGACAUGGCACCCCCAGAAAAUGUCUUGUUUGUUUGCAAAUUGAAUCCUGUCACUCAGGAUCAAGACCUGGAGAUCAUUUUCUCAAGAUUUGGUCCAAUUAAAAGUUGUGAAGUCAUACGUGAUCAGAAGACUGGAGAAUCUUUACAGUAUGCAUUCAUUGAGUUUGAGAAUGUAGAAGACUGCGAACGAGCUUAUUUUAAAAUGGAUAAUGUGCUUAUUGAUGAUCGGCGAAUCCAUGUUGAUUUUUCACAAUCAGUGGCUAAAGUCCAGAUGCAAAAGCAAGGUGCUAAACCAGUCUUCCCAGACAAAAGUGAAAAGGACAAACCUAAAUUUGCCAUCAAGGGACAAAAGCAGUCUUCAAACUAUGAUUUGGUAUUUGAUGAUGACCACAGUGAUAGAAAAUCUGGGAGUAAACAGAAAGGACAAAAAGAAAGAAGCAACAAGGAUAAAGAUUUUUCCAAGUCCAGAAUUGAAAAAGAAAGAACAUCAAGGCACAGUGAUAAUGACAACGAAGAUAACAAACAAGAGAGGAAACAUGGCGGAAAGGAAAGGGACAGAAGGCCAGAAAGGAAACAAAGUUACAGCAGUGAUGAUAGUCCAAGGGACAGAAGGAAGAGAGAUAAACAGGAAAGAAGAAGGAGCCCCAGCAACAGUGAUGAUAACAUGGAGAGAAUUAAAAAGAAAAAGAAACAUGGAGAUGAAUUCUCAAGAAGUCAUAAGCAUUCUGAGGAGAAACAUGCGGCACAACUUGAAGAAAAGUCAAGAGAUCACAAAAACAGAAGAGACAGGGAUCAUUCUCCAAGACACAAAGACAGGAAUUCAAAGCACUAUCAAGAGAAACAUAAACAUUCUGAAGGCCACAAGAGCAGACAUUCUUCGCAUGAGUAUAAACAUCAUUCAAGCCACAGAUAUUAAACCAGUGAUAUUAUUCUCAACCAGUGGUAGUUGAGUUAAGGACUCAAUGUCAAACCUGUGAGGGAGGAAAAUCUACAAGUGAUCUGACUGCGCAAUGUCAAUGAGAAUGGAGCUCUACCAUCACGAUUAAACAUGGGCCUGUUUCUGGAGUUCACAAAGUAGAGGGAAA